CCCUUCACUGGCCCCAUGCCGGUCCUGCGAAGGUCCCAUCGAUGGCCUCCUCCGGUGGUCAUCCUUCUCUUCUCAUUCAUCUUCAUCGUUUCUUACGCAAAGUCUGAUGAAGUGGAGAUACUGCUGAAGUUCAAAUCAGCUGUUGAAAGCUCGGAUCCCAACUUUUUCAGUUCAUGGGAACAAGGGAACUCUGCAUGUGACUUCGCCGGAGUUGUUUGCAAUUCGAAUGGGUUCGUCGCCGAAAUCAAUCUUCCCCAACAACGAAUUCUGGGUUUCGUUCCUUUUGAUUCAAUCUGCGAGUUGCAAUCACUGGAGAGGAUUGAUCUCGGCAACAAUUCUUUCCAUGAGAAUGUUUCAGAGGACCUGAACAAAUGUUCUAGCCUGCAAUACUUGGAUUUGGGAGUCAAUUCUUUUUCUGGAAAAGUGCCUGAUUUGUCUUCUUUAACUGGAUUGAAGUUCUUGAAUUUGAACAACAGUGGAUUUUCCGGGAUUUUCCCAUGGAAAUCACUGCAAAAUCUCACGGAAUUGACUUUCUUAAGCCUCGGUGACAAUCCAUUCGAUGCAAGUCCAUUUCCUCCUGAAGUCUUGAAGUUUGAGAAAUUGUAUUGGCUUUAUCUCACAAAUUGCAGCCUCACAGGACAGAUUCCUGAGGGAAUUCAGAAUCUCACUCUGCUGCAAAAUCUUGAACUCUCUGAUAACAAAUUGUCAGGUCCAAUCCCAGCUGGAAUUGCCAAACUCAACAAGCUUUGGCAACUUGAGCUUUACAACAACUCAUUGUCUGGAAAAUUACCUGUUGGACUCGGAAACAUUUCGAACCUUACAAACUUCGAUGCGUCUAUGAAUAUGCUCGAAGGCGACUUAUCGGAGUUACGAUCGCUGAAGAAUCUUGCUUCGUUGCAGCUCUUUGAAAACCAAUUUUCAGGAAAGGUUCCAGUGGAGUUUGGUGAAUUCAAGCACCUUGUAGGGCUAUCACUGUAUAGGAACAAGCUUACUGGUCAGCUUCCACCGAAAAUCGGGUCAUCUUCAGAUCUUAAUUUCAUAGAUGUUUCGGAGAAUUUUUUGACAGGUCCUAUACCACCAUAUAUUGGUAAAGCAAAGUCUCUUGAAUUUCUACGCUUGGCCAAUAAUCAGUUCUCAGGUGAAUUGGCUACUUCAAUCUCUCAAGCUUCUUCAUUAGUCUUAAUUUUCUUCAUUAGUCAUUCUCAUGCAUCUGAAAAAGGUCAGAUGGAAAAUUCCAACUCCACCACCCUCGUUGAAGUGGUCGAUGUUUCGAUGAAUAACUUAGUUGGAGAAAUCCCUGCCUCAAUCUGUAAUUCGAGUUUCCUCGAUGUUCUCAGUUAUAUGGGGAAUAAUUUGGUUGGAACAAUUCCAGAGUGUUUUGGAAACUUGAGUUCUUCUCUUUCACACAUUGAUUUACAGCAUAAUCAUUUCCAUGAUUUAUACUUUCUGGACGUUGGGAAAAACAAGUUAAAUGACACUUUCCCAACUUGGUUAGGAAAUUUGAAUCAAUUACAAGUUCUCGUCUUGAGAUCGAAUAGAUUUUAUGGACAAGUGAACAGCUCAAAUAUUGCAGUUUCCUUCCCUCGUUUGCAUGCCAUUGAUCUUUCUCAUAAUAACUUCAGUGGGUACUUGCCUACUAAACUUUUUGAAAAUUUGGAUGCCAUGAAAGGAGGAUAUGGGAAGCAAGUUGAAGCAGAGUACAUGAAGGAUGAAUUGGCUAACGGAGUAGUGUAUUAUGUUCACGGUUUAUCUUUUACAAUAAAAGGGUUCGAAAUAGAGUUUCCAUCACUAUUGACCACCUGGAUGGUAAUUGACUUUUCCAGCAAUCAGUUCUCUGGAGAAAUUCCUCAAACACUUGGUGAGCUUCAUUCUCUAAUUGUCCUAAACCUUUCUCACAAUUGUUUAAAGGGUUCUAUCCCUUCAUCAUUUGGUGAUUUGUCAGAGCUUGAAUCGUUAGCUCUCUCAUCAAACAAGCUCCAUGGAAGAAUCCCAGUGGAGUUGAGUAAUCUUGGAUUCCUGGAGGUGUUAAACCUCUCUCAUAACAAUCUAUCUGGACGCAUUCCUCAGGGCAAACAAUUCGAUACUUUCACUAAUGAUUCCUACACAGGAAACCUGGGCUUAUUCGGGUUGCCAUUAUCAACAAGUUCAGAUAAAGAUGAGGGAAUUCCAGCAAAAUUUUAUAGAGAGAAUGAUGAUGCUGAUAAUGAGUUGAAUUGGAAAUUUUCUAUAUUGAUGGGGUAUGGAUGUGGGCUGGUGCUGGGACUGAGCAUGGGAUACAUCGUAUUCACAACAGGAAAACCACGGUGGUUCAUUACACUCUUCGACACAUUUCAACACAGAUGA